UUAUUGAAUUCCAUACAACUAUGCGUUUGUAACAUUUUAUACAUCAAAACUAAAACUUGGUCUCCUCUUGUGUGCAUCACUGCUGUGUAGAAGACAGCCCUAGGUUUGACGUUAGUAGGCUCUCCGCGGUGCUCCGCUGGGUUCUUUGUGCUCCGCUCUGAUGACAGUAACCCCGGAACCCGGAGCCGACAGCUGCUGCCUGUUGGCCUCUUAUGUCUUUUAGGUUUAGUUUACUGUUAUAAUAUAGUGCUUUGGUCUUACUCGUAAGAUCCAACCAGCGGGUAUUCGUUGCCUAGUAAUACUCUUGAUGAUACGGUUAGCUGCGGGCUAGCUGUAUAUAGCAUAAGCUCACCGGUUAGCUGACGUUGAGCUCCGCGAACGGAGAAUUGGAUUUCCUUGUUCAGUUUGUACCCAUAAUAGUCGACAUUUUUCAACCGGGUUUGCCUCCUUUGAGUAAUCACUCGCAUGUAAUGAUUGAGGUCAAUUCUACCAGAACUGAGGGAUUGGCAACACAGAUUGGAGUGCUUGGAGAUUGGCCUAACGUUACAGCUUGUUUUAAAACUAUUAAAGAGCCAGUGAGCGAACCAGAAGGCACACACCGGAUACUGUGUCUGUGUGUGUGUGUCCGGGAAGCCCCUGUGACGCGUGUUCGCUGCUCAGAAAGGGGUAUUCACCAUCCACUCUCACACACACCGUGGCGACAAGGGUCCCAAAAGCCUAACUUUCUCGCGGACACCGGAGUAAACCGCUGCCGAGACAGAGCUCCACACGUCCACACACACCGCGCCGCCGGUGCCCCCUGGACAUGACUGCUUGAAAAUGUAGCAAAAAAAACAUGUCGUGUAGGCUGUGGAAAGAGACCCUGGCCCUGUCAGAGGACUACCUGUUGUCCUGCACUGCAAGCACAGGCACAGCCCCGCCGCCUCCCAGCGAGUCAGCCGCGGCCAUGAGGGGACUGGCCCAGGACAUGGAGCGGCAGCACUACGCUCGCUUCCAGGCUCUGGCCCAGAGCUUCCUGGCCCAGUGCGAGGCCGACGCAUGCGCCGGCCUCCGCAAGGUGAUGGAGGAGCUGGUGGGAGACGGACAGUUGAACUGGGGGAGGGUAGUUUCCCUCUUCACCUUUACCGGGGUGCUGGCCAGACAACUGCAGGAGAAGAAGGGGGUACAACUGGGGCAGGACCCCGGGACGGGCAGGGCACUGGGACAGGUUCCCGGCGGGAGCUGCAGGGGGCUGGCGGAGACGAUAGCGGACUACCUAGGGGAGGAGAAGAGGGACUGGCUGCUGGAGAACGGGGGCUGGGAAGGGUUUUGUAAGUUCUCCAGGAUCGCCCGAGAGGUGAACCAAGAGUCUUCGAUGAAGACGGCGCUGUUCGCGGCCGCCGGGGUGGGCAUCGCAGGCCUGACGUUCCUUUUGGUGCGCUAGCCGGCGUUCCCGUCUGAAACCACAUGGUAGAGUUCAUAUCACACAGUUAGGGAGACAUGUCACCAAUUUGUUCUUUGACAUGCAGAGUUUGGGGUUCUGAGCCUAGUCCACUGACCUUGGGGCCUAAACCCCCACGUCAAGCUUCAGCGGCCUGGUGUCUUUAGCUCCUAAUGAUUGUAAUAAAAGAUCUCGAUGCCUUCAGAAAGGAUAGGGUAAACACUCGGUUUGCAGAUCCCCUGACAAGUUAGUUUUUAAAGUGCGGGUUUCUGCAGGAGGUUGCUCUUAAAGUUUGUAUUUUUGGCUGUGCAGCUACUGGGCUUUACAUUUCAGUUUUCAGAAACAUCACCAGUUUUGUCCUAAUUUUGUGUUUGCUGCAUUUUUUUCCCUUGUGGUUUAGACCCAUUCAAGUGUACAACGUAUAAAUUAAUAUAUUAUAUUUAUAUAAAAUAAAACUUAACUGGCCGUUUUCGGAUCUGACAGAUUCCAUUGUUUUCUAAUUCGUAGUAUAUUGUGGACUCUUAUCAAAUCUGGGGUUUUGUUGGUUGCCACAUUUUUCUUCCGAAUAUCUCCAGUGUGGACAAACAAGACGUUGGUGCUAAAAUAUACAUUCUUUCUCGUAAAACCAGGGACCAAUCUCCAAUUGAAACCAUGUAACCCAAAUUCAGUGGCUUUGGAAAAUCCUCUACAGCAUUUCUGAAACAUAUUUUUUCAUUCUUUUCUUUCUAUUUAUUUUUCACUCUGAUUUAUAAUUUUCUUUUUUUAAUAAAACAAUAAAAAAUUGAUAAACAAAUCAAAA